AAAAAAAAGUUGAUCUCCCCUUCUUCGUCCUCUCGUUUAGCCCACGCCUCUCUUCCCAUCAACCUUGUGGAACUCUCCGCUAAACCGAGGCUUCUUUCCUACUGGUCUGUCCUUCUGUUCGGUUGAAGAGACGCAGGUAUUGUCGGAAUUUGAAGGGGUCGCCAGUAACAAGAAGUUAAUAACACCUAAAGCAUUCCAUCAGACAUCCUCGCUUUUCGUACUUGACAGAAGACACUGACCAAUCACUGACCAAACAUGGCCUCACUGGAAGAACGCAGAGAAGCUCGCCGCAGACGUCGUGGUGGGGACGACGAAGCAGCCACAGUUAAUGCCAACAACGACGGAGAGGAUGACUUAGAGAGACGCCGCCGCGAGAGACGGGAGGCCAGACUGAGGCAAGACACUGCACAAGACACCCCAGCUGCCCCAGCGGAAGAAGAAACCAGCAGCAGGAGAAGCAGACGACGUGGUGGUGACGAAGACGAGGCUCCCGCCGAGGAGACUACUAGCGCUAGAAGCAGGAGGAGGCGAGGCGGAGAUGAGGAGGAGGAAGCUCCAAAGCCAUCAAGAGAACCGGAACCUGAGGAAUCCGCCGCUGUAGAGGACGACUCAGCUGCUAGGGAAGAAGAGGAAAGACGAAGAAGAAGACAAGAAGAAGAGGAGGAGAGAGAACGACAAGAAGAAGAGAGAAAGAGGAGACAAGAGGAAGAAAAAAGAAAACAACAGGAGGAAGAAAGGAGACAACAGGAAGAAAAGAGAAGAAAGGAGGAGGAACAAAGGCGAAAGGAACAAGAGGAACGCGAGGAACGAGCCAGAAUGGAAGCUGAAGAGGCUGCCAGGGUAAAGGCUGAAGAGGAGGAGAAGAAGAAGAAGAAGGGCAAGAGAAAGGGUCUUGGUGGACUCUCAGCUGAAAAGAAGAAACUCCUCAAGAAACUUAUCAUGCAAAAAGCAGCUGAGGAUCUCCGCAAUGAGGCCAAACAGAAAGCUGCUGAGAAAGAAAAAUAUAUUAAUGACAGAGUUACUCCUUUGAAACUGGACGGCCUUGUACAGGCUGACCUCCAGAAACUUGUUAAAGAUUUGCAUCAAAGAGUUGCCAACCUUGAAGAAGAAGUUUACGACUGGGAAAUUAAAAUUCGUAAACAGGAUUUCGAGAUCAAUGAAUUGACACUUAAAGUAAAUGACACCAAGGGUAAAUUCAUUAAACCAGUCUUAAGAAAGGUGAACAAAACAGAGAGCAAACUUAAAAAGAUUCAACAGAUAAAGGAGUCCACAGAUUUCAGAGGCAACUUAAAAUCAACAGGGCAAAAUAAAUAUGCCCUUGAAGAGGAUGAGAAGAAGUCCAAUGCGCCUGACAAAGGAAACCCACACUGGCGUGAUGAACUGAAACCUAAAGAGAAACAUGAAGGUGAAGAAGAAGGAGAGGCAGAGGCUGCAGAAAGUUGAACAACAGAAUAAAUAACCAGACAAACUAGUCAACCCUUUAAUUCUGUAAUAUCCCAUUUCGAGAGCCUGGUUUUAUUUUUUUUUUUACCAAAAUUGACUUGUUUUUAAAUGAUAUUUUUUUCAAAAAAAUUUCAUUACAGAAUUAUUAUUUUUGUUUAACUUUAGCUUUAACUUAUAGUUGAUGCAGUUAAAAAACAAAUGGAAUGAGUUGAAGAGAUCACAUAGAUUGUCAAUGUAUAUGUGAGAGAGAAAAUUAACUGGGUUUUUUUUGUUGUUGAUAACUGUCCAGAUGAAUGCUGCAAGACUUGUAUCAUAUGUAUUAUUUAACUUCAACUUAUCACGCUAGAUAUUUUUAAUUAACAAAUUUCUUUGCCAAAAUUGUUCUAAAUCUAGAGAACACUAAAAAUGUGACUUCCAACAUAAGAACUACUUGUUCUUGAAUGGCAUUAAAAUCUCAUUCUAAUUGGCAGAAUAAAAUGUGUGUUUUUAUUUUAAAAAAAUAAGACUAAAACUUAUACACACCCACUUGGAAUGAAUACAAAUUACUGAAGAUAUGUAAUUCAUUUAUACAACAUUAUUUAAGAAAUUGUGAUAUUCUAUUACAUUUUUUCAUUCUUACCUGUCUUUGUCCAAAGCCUACAUCUCUUCUUUUGGGCUUCUCUGUUUAUCUAUUGCUAGUAGUACAGUUAAACCAGUCUCUUAUGUACAUACAGUGAAGAGCUCCUUAUCUAAAGUUGCCGGAGUGAGAGUGUAAUAAAUUUAUUAUUUUACGUGUGCUUUUUUUUUUGCGUCUUUCUUUUAUUGUUUUUCACCCACUUUUGUCUAGGAACUGUCAGUCUGUGCUCUAGUGAGCUCCCUUUAGAUGCCAUGCAAUUAGCUCAAACAAGUCAAUACUACUACUCCUCUAUCUAUACAAAUAUAUCCUGUGCCUGUAUUCCUUGUAAUGAUUGAUUUUGCUCUAUGUUGAUACAAGUUUAUAAUAGAGGAAAAAAAAAUGGUUUGUGACUUAGUUUAGCUCUAACCCUUGGAUAUUGUGACAUGAUUUGUUGACUGCAGAGAUCUCUUUAGCCAACUUCACAGUUAACAUCCUUAAUCUGAAUUAUUUCAAGAGUGCUUAGAAUUAACAUCAAUCAAUGACAAUGCCCACAAAAACAACAGUAUCAAUCUCAGUAACACUAAUAGAAGUUGUAAUGAGACUGCAGGACUUCAAACAUGUCAACACUAUCUAUUUGGACCUUGUAUAAAUGCACAUAUAUUGUUUGUAAGAGAGAGUACUCAGUGUCAUGUUUGUGUUUAGUAAAUAUUUUUAAAUUUA